UGGCAGUGUUUGUGUUUAGUGUAAAUAUUGUGUAGGUGCUGCUGGAGCUCCACCACCACGCUUAUUAUACCUAGUAUUACCAUAAUACACAGUACAGUUGACGGUGGUACAGCAGCAGCUGAUGGUGGUACAGCAGCAGCUGAUGGUGGUGCAGCAGCAGUAGCUGACAGCGGUACAGCAGCAGCUGACGGUGGUGCAGCAGCAGCUGACCAUGAUAUGUUGUAGAUGUUGGCUGAUUUGUUAGGCUUUAUAAUACAAUAGUUCAUCAUGUCUGAAGAACAGAGAGGCAACGACAACAGUUCUAAUACAAAGCCAGCCAGUCAUACUUUAAAACCUAACUACAUGCUGAAAUACACACUCUCUGGGCACUCAAAGGCAGUUUCAUCAGUAAAAUUCAGUCCGACGGGAGACUGGCUAGCAAGCUCUUCUGCUGACAAAGUUAUUAAGAUAUGGGGUGCCUAUGAUGGUAAAUUUGAGAAAACAUUAUCGGGGCAUAAACUGGGUAUUAGUGAUGUUGCCUGGUCACACGACAGCAGACUCCUCGUGUCUGCAUCAGAUGACAAGACACUCAAAAUAUGGGAACUUACCUCAGGCAAAUGUGUCAAAACUCUUAAAGGACAUAGCAACUAUGUGUUUUGUUGCAAUUUCAACCCACAAUCUAACCUGAUUGUUUCAGGCUCUUUUGACGAAAGUGUGCGCAUAUGGGAUGUUAAAACUGGGAAAUGUCUAAAGACUUUACCGGCUCACUCGGAUCCAGUCAGUGCUGUCAACUUUAACCGAGACGGAACCCUUAUUGUGUCAAGCAGCUACGAUGGCCUUUGUCGAAUCUGGGACACGACUUCUGGGCAGUGUCUCAAAACACUGAUCGAUGAUGAUAAUCCUCCAGUUUCCUUCGUUAAGUUCUCUCCUAAUGGGAAAUACAUUUUAGCUGCCACACUUGACAACACCUUAAAGCUGUGGGAUUACAGUAAAGGAAAAUGCCUUAAGACAUAUACAGGCCACAAAAAUGAAAAAUAUUGCAUCUUUGCUAAUUUUUCGGUAACUGGUGGUAAGUGGAUUGUAUCAGGAUCUGAAGACAAUUUUAUUUACAUCUGGAAUCUUCAAACCAAAGAAAUUGUUCAAAAAUUAGAAGGACACUCAGAUGUUGUAUUAUGCACAGCAUGUCAUCCAACACAAAACAUCAUCGCAUCUGGAGCACUUGAGAAUGAUAAAACUAUUAAGUUGUGGAAAAGUGAUACUUAAAAGCAAGCAAGCCUCAUGCAACAUAAGAAGGCAUCUCCAGAUAUAAAUUAUCCUGUGACAAAUAGAAACUGAUACACGUUUUUUUUUUUUUUUUUUUUUUUUUUUUUUUUUUUUUUUUUAUUAUUAUUAUUAUUAUUACUGUGUUAUGGCUGUAAAUAGAAGAGUGUUACUUCUCUAGCAAUUUCAUAUUCCUUUAAGAUUAUGAAAUUACUGAUGAAUAUUUUAAGUUCAGUGAUGGAAUAAUUCAGGUACAUUCUGCAAGAUCACUAUUGAGUUAAAUAUUAAUAUGCGUGUUGAGUGUUUGUGUAUAUAACUCGCUGAACAGAGUUAUGUAUGUCAGACGUGUUGUGUAUGUAUAUACCAUAUAUAUAUUACAACAGAAUGGUAGCAGAUAUGAAAAUUCAGUUUACUGCAAAUGAUAGCUGGACUAAUAGUUUUCAUACAGCUUCAUGGUUGUCUAACAUAAGGAAGCUUACCAUGUUCACCUCUUAUGUCUCGUAACACUGCUAAGUGAUACUCCAGCUCAUUCUAUAUACAUGUAUUGGCUAACAUCUCUUGUGUGACUUUUCUGAUGCCAACAUUUAUUCUAGUAUGGAGUGCUUUAGUGCCAGCUACUGGUAUCUGGAAAACAAGAAAAAGUCUGAGGGCAUGAUUUUAAUGAAGGUGGAUGGGGAAGGGGGGGUUAUUCAGCGGGACAGUGACUCUCGGUCCAUCUACCAGGAAACCUCACGUUUAAAUAAUUAUGCUAUCACAUGCAGAGAACUACAUUUUCUUAUCUUUUACCAGACUGUUAUAAUAAAAUCUUGAAAACAGAAAAAGACUGUGAACUGGCAUUUCACAAUGUGGUGGAGAUUACAAUGUGUGUAAGGACUACUAGACACUAGUCCCACAACUAUAAUGAGAGUGCCAGUUAGUUAAACCACUUGGUUGAGAACUUUCAAAAACCUUCCAAUUAUUUUUUCCAGUGUUUCUUGAUAGUACUUAUUUCUGUAUUUUUUUUUUUUUUUUUCACAGAUGGUUGUUGCAAUCAUUGCCCUAUAACCAUGUGUCAUAAGAGGUGAUGGGAAUGCAGCACACAAGAGGCGGGUUAUAUUAUCUCUCUUUAUACAUAUACCAAGAAGAAAAAGAUUUAAGUUUUGAAGAUAGGUAGUCUUGAGUUUACUUAGAUGUAUGUACAUUAGCAUGGAUGUUAAGAAAAUUGAUUACAAGGAUUGUUUGGUGUAAAAUAAAUAUGGUAUGCAAAAAGUGAGUUAUAAUAAGUGUUAUGUUUGUAUAGAGAAAAAAUAUUCUGAAAGAUAUUAAGUGAAUGUUUAGGAAAUUUGGAGCCAAAAGAGAGAACAGUUGUUAUGGAAGACCUUAAUACUGUCAGGGGAGACUUGUAGAGGGCAUAGUAAGAAAAUUUUUUGGAGUGCCAGAGGCAGAAUGGCAUUGGAAAAUCUAAUUGAGUUGGGUUUAACAGAAGUUUUAUAAUAAGCAGUAUACAUUUCAAACAAAACAAAGUGCUGCAUAUAAGUGCAUGAAAAUACAUGCAUUUAGAGGAGUGACUUGAGUGUCUGAUCAGUAUUUAGCAGUAGCUAGAGGAAGAGAAAGGUGGCAUACAAGGAAAAUGGUGUCAGAAGGUAGAAGAUAAGUGAAAUUGAAAAUAUUAAAGAAUAUGAUGAUUAGUUAGAGGUAUGAGAAACUGUUGGAAGAAAGAUUCUUGAGUGAUGAGAGAAGUGAUUAGGGGGCAGUGUUAUGUGGAUUGACAAAUGCAGUGCUAGUGUGUGCAGCAGAUGUUUGUGGUUAUAAAUGGGCAGUACAGGAUACUGCAAUUAUUGCUGGAGUCAUUAGGGGAAGAAAAUGUUAAUAACUACUGAAAUUUCCCAAAACAUUAUAUAAUUAUCAAAGAUCAACUAUAAGAUAUCUAACUGUAUCAGACUCAGUAUCUCUUAAGACCAUGCAUACCAUUCACGUAUAAUGCAAUCCCAUUCACUAAAGACAUUAAAUAACCACAGUGACGUCAAUCAACUCUGUCCACUUUUACUGAAAAAUACUUUUCUUCACUUCUACAUACCAUAACCCGAGCUCACUAUUCUCAUAAAAACUCUACAGCUUUCAAAAACUUAACACCUACUUCAUACAUUUAAAUCAUUAUCCACAUCACUCUCCUUUCCUAUUCUUUUCCUUAUCAAGGUACUAACCACUUAUAUCCUUCACUGCAAACAUUUGAUAUGUACACACACGCACAUGAAAGUAAAUAAAUCUUUGUAUACAUAUCUAUACAGAUAGAUAUAGUGUCAAACUUCAAGUCUCGAACUUGCUGAUUUAUUCAGCAUGUUUCAUCUUGCAAGAUGUCUGUAUUUUAUUGGUUGUAAAUAAUUAUAAUUAAAGUUAGACGACUAAUUUAUAUUCAAAUUUUAGAAACAUUGGGCAACAUUAUCAAGUUAGAUUUGAUAAAAAAAUUCAAAAUUUUUAGUGCAAUAUAAUACAAUUUUUCUAUCAGUCCAUAGCAAACUCUUCUCUAACACAAUCAGACAUGCCUGUUGAAUGUUUUAACCAUUAAUCUACCUGUCUCGCUCUUGCCAUACUAAAUGACUAAACCAAAUCAUCACCAUUUCCACUUUUUUGAAUUAUCCUUAUUCCUUAACUAAUUUUUUCACUUUUAGUCUGCAUAAUAUUCACACUACAUACACAUUGAUCUCAAUAUGACAUUUCCACUGUCACCGGCCUUCUCUUUGCUGCAACACUCAUUAACUAUUCCUCAGGGGAGACCUGGUCAAGGACUGGGUUAUGGGGACAUUGAACCCCAUGGUCUAUACUCAUACAUUUUUUCAUCCACAGAUUCUUCAAGAUUAGUGUUGAGGAAUCUGUAUGUCUCAUCCACAGAUUCCUCAACACUAGUGUUGAGGAAUCUGUGGAUGAGAUAUACAUGGUCAUCUAAGCACUGUUGCUUAGAUGACCAUUGAGAACCCUCUCAAGUGAAGGGAGAAAAGUGAUGCGGAUGAGAAUGAUGAGACAGGUGGGGAUGGGGAAUAAAGUUAGUGUCACUUUUUUAAUCUAGCAGCUCCAAGUUUGAUGUGAUAGUAGGGUGAUCAACACAGAGACACUGGUGUGAGUAUUGUUAUUGUAGGAAGAAACUCGCACACUAUCCUCAUACCUCUGCAACUACUCUCUUUGUUGAUAGUAAAGGUCUUGCUCUAAUUUUUUUAUUGAAUUUGAUAAAGGCUUAGAAAAAUUGUAUAACAGAACUUCAGUUUCUAUUGAAAAACAAUCAUGUCAAGUUUUUAAAAGUUAUUUUUAUUCCCUGUAUAUUGUGCCCAGUAACUAGGCAGUCAAAUUAAUUAUUUUUAAUGAAACUACGCAGACUGUAAAGUGUGAAGUGUUUUGAAGUUUAAAAUCUGUGUAUUAUGAAAUGGAAUGACUUAAUAACAAUUGUAAUAUAUCCA